GCGGAGUGCAAGGCCUAUGCUACGGCUGUGGUGUGGGUGUUGUGGGUCUGUUUGCUAAGCCUCUGAGUGGUCUGGUAGAUAUGGGCUCUAACCUCGUGGCUGCCGUAGCGCUGACAUUUGACCCAAAUCUCUACGGAGGGCCCCAGGCCAUGCGCGUGCGGGUGCCCAGGUUUACGCCGGUUGAUCAG